GGACUUGGAGCAAACUGCACCAAGACCGGAGGCUGGCGAGUCCAGCAGUGCACCCUCUGCCCGCCAACUGGAGAAACGCGUUGAUCAUGUAGUGGCAAUGCUAGGUGAUAUCAGCACCUUCGCAGCGCCAGCCACCAUUAGCCAGCAGUUGGACACACUGAAGACCGACAUCAGGCAACGACAACAGUCGUCUGACCCCGAUCGCAGCACCAACACGGCGAAGCAUUACAAGAUGCCGACGUUCCGGAUCAAGAAGUAUGAUGAUUACACACAUCAAGACCCGGUCGUUUGGUGGCAAGGAUUCACAACGGAGUUGGGGAUUCAUGAGGUCCCCGAACAUCUGUUCAUCGACGCGUUGUUCCUUAACGCCAAGGGAGGAUGCGAGAUCUGGCUCAGCCAUAUGGCAAUCGUCCACGGCGUCCAGGUCUUCGACCUUCACAAGGUCUCCUGGGAAGAUGUGACAAAAGAAUGGAAGAAGCGGUUCAUCGUUGACGACGCCCCGACGCUCGCCAUCAACCGCAUCUUCACGAUGGCUCAAGGAAACACAGCGACACGUGAUUGGCUCACGGAUUGGCAGAAGAUCAUGGCGACACCCGAUCUGGACUUACCAUUCCCGCAUCUGCGCCGGGAGUUCUACAACCGGUCAUGCGUCGCUUUGAGCCUCCCACUUGGUGAUCGCGAGCAGUACAACACCUUCGCCGAAAUCAUCAACAAGGCGAGGGAGAUCAUCAAGACAAACAGGGCAGCUGCACAUGAGAAAUCAGCUUGGCAGCCAACCUGUGUGGAGAAGGUGAAAACUGGUCCGCGACCGCAGCAUGUCGCUGCAAUCCAAUUGGACAACAUUGUGGAAGACCCGGCAGCCACCCAAGCGUCACGUGAGGGAGAUCAGGUGGCUGUUGUCCAGCCGCGAAGCAACAACAAGUCCCGAAGAAACGGGAAGGCGAAAACCGCAUCGCCGGCCGAAAACGGACAACCAACACCAUGGUACCAACUCGACGCCGGAGUAGAGGUUGUCGACCUUCACGCCUUCAUUGUGAAGAUCGACCGCGAGUUCAAGACACAACAGUAUGACGACAUCGACGCACCAUUGUUAUAUGUACGCAUUCAGAUCGGAGAGGCGACCUGCAGCACUUUGAUUGAUUGCGGAGCAUCUCGCAACUACAUGAGUCAGGACUUUAUGGUACGCGCCGGCUUUGGCCCACGCGUCCGGAGGAAGUCCCAGACUACGCAAGUCACAUUGGCAGACGGUCACACGUACAAGUCAAUCAACCGGUGCAUUGAUGUUGUCCCCGUGUACUUUGCCCUGCAUGCAAGCGAGGCGGUGUCCUUUGAUAUAUUGGACACCAAAUUCGACAUGAUCUUGGGCAUGUCGUGGCUGCGAAGCGAGGAUCACCCGAUGAACUUCUACCACCGCACCAUUCACAUUCGUGAUCAGAACGGAGUACUAGUCCCACGCACGGUGCCUCUUCCUCAUCCUUCCAUCAGCUGCCACGUGGUGUCCGCCGCAAGCAUGCGAGCUUCCAUCAUCAGAGACGAUAUCGAGGAGAUGGGGAUGUGUUUUUUCCAUGCCCUCCCGCCCCAUGACGCUUCAUCGACGGACUUAUCUUUGGACCCACGCAUCACCGAGUUUCUCGACGCCUACGGCGACGUGUUCGAAGGCCCACACGGAGUAGUACCGGAUCGGCCCAUCCGCCGCGAGAUCAUCCUCAAGGACGGGGUUGUACCUCUGCGUGGUUGCAUCUACAGAGUGAGCGAGGAAGAGUUAAGUGUGCUACGGGCACAACUCGACGACCUUUUUGAGAAAGGCUGGAUUCGGCCUAGCUCAUCGCCAUAUGGUGCUCCUGUUCUCUUCAUCCGGAAGAAGAACAGGGAUUUGCGGUUGUGCAUCGAUUAUCGCAAGCUCAACGCGCAAACGAUCAGAAAUGUCGGCCCUCUUCCACACAUCGAUGACCUUCUCGAACGGUUGGGCGGCGCCAAGUUCUUCUCCAAGCUAGACCUCAAGUCGGGAUAUGAUCCCGAUAUCACCAACUCGAGAUCUGGUAGGAGGACCGCUACAAUACCGCGUUUAAGACUCGAUAUGGGCAUUUCGAAUGGUUGGUUAUGCCAUUUGGCCUUACGAAUGCCCCGGCCACUUUCCAAGCGGCUAUGACAACGGAGUUCCGACACAUGCUGGAUCGAUAUGUACUUAUCUACCUCGACGACAUCAUGGUGUACAGCCGGAGUUUGGACAAG